UCGCGUUUCCAGUUAAACUUUUACCGAAAAGGCGGACGGACGGGUCUUGAAGUCAAUCGUCGGGCUCCGCAGUUUCUACGCGAUUCGGCUCCUGGGUUCCUGACAGCCUCCAAGAGAUUUCAAAUAAUCCAAAACCAAAUCCAAAUAAAUACGAAGUGCUGAAAGUAUUUGCAGGAAUUAUUCAUAUGAAAAUUACCACAAAAAACGGGGAAAAUCGAGCACAGAAUUCCAAAAAUAAUUCAAACCUCUGCGGAUCAAAAUAAAUAAAUAAGUGAAAAUAUUUUCAGGAAUUAUUCAAAUGAAAAUACCCACAAAAAUACGCAAGAAAUUGUAUCUGUUCGUGCUACUUGAAAUCAAUGAAAAAUUCAAUGCUAUUAGUGUGUGCGAAACGAAAAUAAAUAUCGGCCAGUAUCUGCCUGUGUCUACAUAAGUAUGAAUGGAAAAAGUGCUCAAGAGUAAAUAGGCCGAAAGUCAAAACAAAGAAUAUCUUGGACAAACUUGUGCAGUUUCUUCGUGGCUGUUUUCCAACGGCAGUGCUAUUAUUAAAGUAAUUUGUCCGACACUUGCCACCUGUUCGACGACUUUUGGAAACACACAAUUUAUGCAAACGACUUCGAGAAGAAAGCCGAUCCGAUCCACAGCGCCAGCAACAGAAAGUGAGAGUGUCGCCAGUCGUUGACCCAGUAUUGAACGAGAAACGCGUCGAAGACAUUCGCUGAGCCUUAAUCCAAGGAGAGAGACGGCAAGAAUCUCGGAGAAAGAGAUAGCAGGCAGCCCUGGCGACAAUCAUACAGUCCACAAAAACGACAGCGGCAAGCCACAGAGAUUUAUUGAAAGAGAUACCCGGAGUACAAGGCAUAAAAGUCAAUGACCACAUCAACUGGCGGCCGCAGGCAGCGAUUUUAUUAAGCAUACGCCCCCACAUAAAUUAGUAAUCAAGCGACGCGGCCCGAGGCGAAACUAAUAAGAGGGCUUAUUUUUAUUGAAAUUAUGAUUAAUGACAAGAGCGGCGAAGUAAAGUGCGGCACGGUGGCGUAUACGCAAUGAUGCUGAAGCCCGAAGAGGUGAUAAUGCUGGGCAGCAGGUCAGCACUGGGUUACUCAUACGCCGCGUUAGCCCGCUGCCACUAUUGAAAGACUGAUGGCUUUGGCUGGACAGGAUUGGCGGCGCCAUCAGAGCCACCGCCACCGCAGAAACCACGGAAACCACCAGAAACUGAUCUCCACCGCCACGCUGACUCUGUUCGUGCUCUUCCUGAGCAGCUGGAUAGCCUAUGCGGCGGGCAAGGCCACCGUUUCUGCUCCGCUCGUGGAAGGCGAGACGGAGUCGUCCUCCUCGCAGGACUUCAACAGCAGCAGCGCCUUCCUGGGGGCCAUAGCCUCGGCCUCGGCCUCGUCCUCGGGAUCCGGAUCCGGAUCCCUUGGACUCUCCUCGAUGAACAGCAGUCCCAUUGCCAUAGUCUCGUAUCAAGGAAUCACCAGCAGCUACUUAGGGGACAGCAACACCACCUUGAUACCAUUGUCGGAUACUCCCUUGCUCCUGGAGGAGUUUGCCGCCGGGGAGUUCGUUUUACCACCCCUAACAUCCAUAUUCGUCAGCAUUGUCCUGCUGAUUGUGAUCCUGGGCACUGUGGUGGGCAAUGUCCUGGUCUGCAUAGCCGUUUGCAUGGUUCGGAAACUGAGGAGGCCCUGCAACUACCUUCUGGUCUCACUGGCCCUCUCGGAUCUCUGCGUGGCUCUGUUGGUGAUGCCCAUGGCCCUGCUCUAUGAAGUGCUAGAGAAGUGGAACUUCGGCCCGCUGCUCUGCGACAUCUGGGUGUCCUUCGACGUGCUCUGCUGCACAGCGUCGAUCCUAAACCUGUGUGCCAUAUCCGUUGAUCGAUAUCUGGCCAUCACGAAACCCCUGGAGUACGGGGUCAAGAGGACUCCCCGGCGAAUGAUGCUGUGCGUUGGCAUUGUUUGGCUGGCAGCCGCCUGCAUUUCACUGCCUCCUCUGCUGAUCCUGGGGAACGAGCACGAGGACGAGGAGGGCCAGCCCAUCUGCACGGUGUGUCAGAACUUCGCAUAUCAGAUCUAUGCCACCUUGGGAUCGUUCUACAUACCGCUCUCGGUGAUGCUGUUUGUGUACUACCAGAUCUUCAGGGCGGCGAGACGGAUUGUCCUGGAGGAGAAACGGGCACAGACGCAUCUGCAGCAGGCUCUCAAUGGCACAGGGUCGCCCACUGCUCCGCAGGCUCCCACUCUGGGCCACACAGAGUUGGCCAGCUCCGGGAAUGGGCAGAGGCACAGUAGCGUAGGAAACACCUCGCUCACCUACUCCACCUGUGGCGGCUUAAGCAGCGGAGGGGGAGCCCUUGCCGGACAUGGUAGUGGUGGUGGCGUGAGUGGCUCCACAGGACUCCUGGGCUCUCCGCACCACAAGAAGCUGCGGUUUCAACUGGCCAAGGAAAAGAAGGCCUCCACCACCCUGGGCAUCAUCAUGUCCGCCUUUACCGUCUGUUGGCUGCCCUUCUUCAUCCUGGCUCUCAUUCGUCCUUUCGAGACGAUGCAUGUCCCGGCGUCGCUCUCGUCCUUGUUCCUCUGGCUGGGCUAUGCCAACUCCCUGCUGAACCCCAUUAUCUACGCCACCCUGAAUAGGGAUUUCCGCAAGCCCUUCCAGGAGAUCCUCUACUUCCGCUGCUCCAGCCUGAACACCAUGAUGCGGGAGAACUAUUACCAGGAUCAGUACGGAGAGCCUCCUUCGCAGCGGGUGAUGCUGGGCGAUGAGAGGCAUGGAGCCAGGGAGAGCUUCCUCUAGGCCUUCCCCAGGGACAUCAACCAGGAUAAGGGCACAGCCAAGCGGAUCUGAGCCGAAUAUGUUGGAAGGAUCUUCCUAGGUUUCCGGAAGAAGGCGAUUCCUCUGCUCGACACACUCACACUCUUAAGUAUACACACUGGGAUGGAGAUCCAACUAAACUAGAAAAUACAAUGUUCUAUGGUGGAGGAGUAGUUCCUUGACGCUUUCAACUUUCACUUUUCUGUAUAAAAGUUCCAGAACAGUUGUUUAAAUUGUUAGCCAGAACGAUCUGUUAAAUAAGUUUCAGAGUGCAGACUCCUAGUUAGUAUUUGACUUACAGAAUCAUGAGAAGAUGUCUUUGCUUUAGCUGGUCAAAAAGAAGAACGUAAAAGGAACUACUUCCCACCAUAAUUUGUCAGCCCAGUACACACACACAUGGAUAUUUGUAUGUAGUAGUGUUAGUAGUGCGUAUCUCUGUAUAUGUGCACCGCCCCUGAAGCUCGCAUUAAAGUGCGAAUCGUAGACGACUCCUCUAAAUGUAACUUGUUGUUGUAAUUUUAAAUGUAGAACUAAGCAAUCGACGUGGUCCAUACCACACAUACACAUAUACAAACACACUCACAAACCAAACACACACACACACAUACACGGUUGUAACUGUGACAGGUUUCUACGGUUCCUUUUAUGUUUCGAAAACAAUCAGCACCGGAUAUGAGACACAAUCGUUAUCGAAUCUAUUGAUACCUCCCCGAGCCCACGAACCCACCCUAGCUCCCCUAGAAAAGCCCACAAGUCCCAUCCCAAGAUUUGCCAGCGUAGUUAGUUGAUUUGCGAUACUCAAACUGAGCCAAAAAUUAAAUUUACGAACUGCGGACUGCAGCCAAAUUAAGCCUACUGAUUAACCUAGAUAUAUUUAUGUUUGUGCAAGAAGCUAUCCACUGUAAAUACCCAGCCACCUGCGGCUCUGUCUAUAAGCUAUAUAUAUAUAUUAAUAUAUAAAUAUAUAGAUAAAGUAGCCUAUAUAUAUAUGUGUACACUGUGCGGCUCAAGCUGCAGCUCAAGUGAGAAGAACUAAAUUGUAUUUUGUAACUUUCUGCAUUAGUCUUUCGUUGUAUUUUGUAUGAAAAGUCACGCCUCUCUGUGAUACCAAACAUUAAGCAUUACUUUUAUGUUUAGAUCGAAGCUGCAUCAAACGUAAUACACACAUACCUAUACAUAUAGAUAUAGUCAACUAAGUGUGCAUGUUUUUAUUGUAUAUGUAUGUAGCACUGCGAGAAGUGCAUUAUGAUAUUCGCCACAAAGCAACCGACAAAAACGAUGGAAACUGAGCUAUUCGUAACUUGAUGAGAUAAACUAUCAACUAUUUACAUAACCCAUACACGCCUACACCCCCACACACCCAUCAAAUUAAGUGAAAUUGAAAAUGGAAAAUGUAAAACGGCAAACGGAUAAUGGAAAAGGAAAAGAAAAACAAACAACGGCAAACGAGCAUGACAAACUAAGCGCAGCUAAUUAUACGCAAACCGAACUAAAGUUCAUUACAAAAACAAACAUCAAAUAUUAUAAUUAAAAACAAAAAGCAAGUAAUUGAGAAUAACAAACAAAUAAGAACUAAAACACUUUCCGAGUGAAGCUUACAAAACUGCAAACUGCAUUUGAAAACUGUUUUCCCAACAAAAAAACAUGCGGAAAUUAAGGCAUCAAAUAAAAGGCAAACCGUAUCAAUGUAAUAU